AUGUCCACAAACGAAAAACUGACAGGUCUUAUCCAGCUCCCAGAUGUACGAGCUUUGAAAUGGGAAGUCACCCAUCACGACCGUGGGCGUCUAGCACCAGGAUACUGGUUCGUUGCGCCGUAUGGGCAGAUAAAUCCGGAGCAGCAUACCCAGAAGUAUCAGCAGUACCAAGUUGGUCCUCAUAUCUAUGACAAUGAUGGUAUGCUUAUUUGGGCCGGGUCCAAAUUCCACGAUAACCGCAAUGUUUUUGAUUUCCGCGCAAACCAAAAUAUGGACGGCGACAUACACUUGUCUUUUGUCGUGGCAUGGGAUUUGGAUAAUGAAUUCCAGGAUAGGGGUCGCGGCGUUAUUAUGGACCAACACUACCAGGUCAUGAAAGAUGUGCUGCCAUUUCCCGAGACUCACGACUUCAACAUGCAUGAGUUCAAUAUCCUAGACGGCGGAAAAACCGUCGUGGCUUGCGUGUACGGCGCAUUACCAGUCAAAUUGGAAGAGUUCGGCCGUCCCGAAGAGGAGAGCUGGAUUGUGACUGGAGGUUUUGUGGAAUAUGAUAUCGCAACAAAUGAAGUAUUGAUGCGAUGGGAAGGUCUCGAUCACAUCGCAAUGCAUGAGUCGAACAAAUUCCUUCCGACGAAUGCGCCCGCGACGGGCCCACCUGGAUGGGAUUAUGUCCACGCCAACGCAGUUGAUAAGAAUCCGGCCGGUGAUUACAUCAUCUCUAUGCGAUUCACUAACACAAUCUAUGGUGUUGGACGAGAUGGACGUAUUCUCUGGCGCCUGGGGGGACAAACAAGUGAUUUCGACCAAGACUUCACCUUUUCUAAGCAGCACGAUGCGAAAUUCAUCUCAUCGAAGGACAACAUCCACGUGAUUUCUCUUCUUAAUAAUGCAUCUGACGAGGACUCGAACGAUGAAGAUGUGUCAUCGGUUCUACAUGUAGAGCUGGACACUCUCGCUAUGACUGCCCGGGUGAUCAAACGUGUCAACCGACCAGACGGCAAGCUCACCCGGCUACGUGGUAACACUCACACCCUCCCUAACGAAAAUAUUUUCGUCGGUUGGAGUGAGUAUGGCUACCAAAGUGAGCACGCUGCCAAUGGCGACGUCUUGAUGACCGCCCGAUUCGCCUCAGACCGCUUUUCGACCUACCGUGCGUACAAGUCCGAGUUUGUCGGCCGUCCUCUCACCCCACCUGACGUCGUGGCCUCCGUCCACGGUGCUAGCGAUACAACUCUCAGCACCGUUAUCUACGUGAGCUGGAAUGGAGCUACCGAUAUCGCCACGUGGAACUUUUAUGCCCAGGCCAACAGCUACGGCGAGUCUGUUCUCAUUGGAAGCACAAAUAAGACCGACUUCGAAACUAGCUACACUGUCGACGGUUACAUGGAUUAUAUCAUCGCCGAAGCCGUUGACCGUAAUGGCAACUUUAUGGGGAGGUCAUCUGUUCACCGCAGUGAGAUACCGAACAAUUGGCAGGCUGCAGGAUUUCGGGGCUCGACGAACCCAUCGGCGCAGGAUCCAAAGCUUGUUCUGGCGAUUCAACAAGAUUCAAAGGAAACCCCUUCAAAGGAGGGCGAUAUUAGCUUCAUUAAAAGCACUGGAGGUCUGUUGAUCGGGGCUCUCAUGCUUUGCACUCUGCUCGGUGGACUAGUGGCCGGCUAUUAUAUGAUGAAAUCCCGCAAAACGCGCUCCUACCGCGGGGUUCCCUCUGAAGAAAACGAGGAAUAUUUACGCUUGCAGGGAACUCGCCGCCUGUCGUCGGUGCCAGAGUGA